AUGCCUGAGGUGCAGGCCUUCUACCCUCAUCGGCACACCUUCCUUCGACCCCCAAGCCUCCAGCUGGACCCUGCACUGAUGCAGCGACGUGUCCUGGAAGAUCAGGUGGAGCUCUGGUGGUUCAGGGAGCCGCGACGCUCCCUGUUGUGCUACAGCAUCUCUGUGUCCCUGGUCCUAGGGCUGGGCCUCGGUGGCGUGGGGCUCCUGUCCACCACCACCAGCUUGUCUGGGGAGUGGCGCCUCGGGGUGGGCACCACUCUCUGCCUCUUGGCCCUAGCCGUCCUGCUCAAGCAGCUCCUCAGCUCUGCUGUGCAGGACAUGAACUGUGUGCGUAGCCGGCGCCGGAUCGACCAGCUGAAGAGCGGCGGGUGGGUCGACCCAGUGCUGAUCCUGGUAGUGGGACUGGGGCUGCUGCUGUGUGGGUCUGUGCUGCUCUAUGUGGCCACAGCCAGCAGCCGGCCUAGCCAAGGCCAGGACAAGAGGGACAUGUUGCUGUCUGGCCUGGUGCUGAUGGCUGCUGGGGGAGGCAUGGCUCUGGCCAUAGUGGGCUACAUCGGGCUUAUCUACCUACAGCAAAGGGGUGAGGAAAGGAGAAGGGAGAUGAUAAGGAGGAGGAGGGCAAGGAGACUGGGCAGUCGAGCUGUCAGGGUUUUCAGUAUCUCUGCAAGACAGAUGGCCCCCUCCAACAGGACCAGCCUCAUCUGA